UCCGAUCCGCAAGGAUGUGCUUGAUAAUAAGUAGGAGCGGAAAGGAGCGGGAAGGCAGACCCAACCUCGCCUUUCUCUACCCUGCUACCGAUCUCGUUUCUAGGUUUCUCGUGUCUCCUUCCUUCGGCCUUCGUUUCGCGGAGAUCUGGGAGGUGUAGCGGCUCUUCUGUUGGCGUUUACAGUCUAUCACUAUGGCACCAACUCUUGAAGUGGCAACCAAGUCUUCUGAUUUGAAACUCUCUCAUCCACCUCUCAACGAACGAAUACUUUCAUCCAUGACAAGAAGAUCUGUUGCAGCACAUCCUUGGCAUGAUCUUGAAAUAGGUCCAGGUGCCCCUACAAUAUUCAACUGUGUAGUGGAGAUAAGUAGAGGAAGCAAAGUGAAAUAUGAACUUGACAAGAAAACUGGUCUGAUAAAGGUGGACCGUGUUCUUUAUUCAUCAGUUGUGUAUCCUCACAACUAUGGUUUCAUCCCUCGCACUCUUUGUGAAGAUAGUGAUCCCAUGGAUGUGUUGGUCAUUAUGCAGGAACCAAUACUUCCAGGAUGCUUUCUUCGAGCUAAAGCAAUAGGUUUGAUGCCUAUGAUUGAUCAGGGGGAGAAAGACGAUAAGAUUAUUGCUGUCUGUGCUGAUGAUCCCGAGUACAAGCAUUUUAAUGAUAUCAAGGAGCUCCCACCGCAUCGUUUAGCUGAGAUUAGGCGUUUCUUUGAAGAUUAUAAGAAAAAUGAAAACAAGGAUGUGGCUGUAGAUGACUUCCUCGAUGCAUCAGCAGCAACCAAGGCAAUCCAACGUUCCAUGGAUCUUUAUGCGAGUUACAUUGUGGAAAGCCUGAGGAGGUAGAGCGGGUCAUGAAGCAUGGAUGGAUCUGGCCAUCUGGGGACACGGGCGUUUGCAGUCAAACUACUAGUAUACUGCUAUCAGAUUAUUAUAUAUACAUAUGAAUUUAGCUUGUGAAAGAUUCAAAUGUCUGUCUUGAGGCCAAACAAGCACUAGUUUCUUAAGCGGAGGCUCCCUGUUGAUCGGAGCAUGUUAUCAAUGGCUAUUGUUAAAUUUCCUACUGUUAAUUUACUACUGUUUUUGUUUGCAUUCUGUGAAUUACCAGAGACAUUUAACGAUACUAAUUAUUUAUAUAAAAUAUUAUUUCAUACA